AUGGCUGUCGAAACUUGGCCUCCAUCGUUAAAACAAUAUGUACAGGACGUAUUUGCUUGUUGUUCACCCGAUAAAAGAGAUGAAGCACAGGAACAGCUACGGAAUCUUAUUAUUGAAAGUCAUAGAGCAGGCACGUUAUUAACAACGGACUGGAGUGAAGUUGAUCUACCGAGAAGUAACUGGAAUUGUAAUAUCGUUAGUGCAUGCACUAGUACAGCCGCAAAGAAUAAAAAGAAAAAGAAAAGUAAGAAGCAGAAACAACAGCAGCCAUCAAAUUUGACUGCAGACGAAGAAGCCAAAAGAUUGAAGCGAUUGAGAAGGUUCGAAGAAGAUGCUGCACAAUAUCGUGCUGAGAAUGUUUCAUCUAAUCUACAAUCAAUACAUUUGGAUGGUGCACCUCCAGACUUAAAUCAGCCCGUUGUAGGCACAUGCACAAAACUAGAGAAGAAUUAUUUAAGAUUGACUUCGGCGCCUGAUCCAACAACAGUAAGGCCGCUUGAAAUACUCAAGAAGACAUUAAAACUUUUGAAAGAGAAAUGGAAGAAAGAACAAAACUACACCUAUAUAUGUGACCAAUUUAAAUCUGUUCGUCAGGAUCUGACAGUUCAACAUAUUAAGAAUGAGUUUACCGUUCAAGUAUAUGAAAUUCAUGCACGGAUAGCACUAGAGAAGAGCGAUUUAGGGGAGUAUAAUCAAUGUCAAACGCAAUUGAAAGAUCUGUAUGCGAGAGGAAUUUGUGGCCAUGACAUGGAGUUUACCGCUUACCGAAUUCUAUACUAUUUACAUACUCAAAACUGGGGAGAUGUCAACUCUGUUAUGGCCGAUUUAACACCAGAGCAAAAAGAAAAUGAAUUUGUAAAACAUGCAUUAGAAGUACGCUCUUCACUUGCUACUGGCAACUAUCACUGUUUCUUCAAUCUAUACAAAUGUGCGCCUAAUAUGGGCGCUUAUUUAAUGGAUCACUUUUGUGAACGUGAACGCGUCCAAUCUCUAAUCACAUUAUGCAAAGCCUGCCGCCCAGAUAUUCCAUUCAGCUUUAUACAGAAUGAGCUUGCGUUUGAUACAGAAGAACAAAUGCUGAAAUUUUUAUCUGAGCAAAAGGCAAAGGUAUACAGUACGAAAGGGAAUGGAUAUUUAGAUUGCAAAGGUGCUCUUGCAGGGUUACUAGAAAGUCAAAAGAAGUUCAAAAAAAUUGAUAUCAAAGGUCAAUUAUAA